UGCUUUGACCUGAAAUUAAAAGAACUAUACUGUUAUGAAAUAAAGUCGAAAAUAUUAUAUAUUAAGUCCUUAUGAAAAUAAAAAUUGGAGCGUAAAUCAGAUGUAAUGGAAGAAUAACCGAAGCGUAACUUCUAGAAGGCGAAAAUUGGAACAUGUAAAAGAAAAAAAAGAAAUGUAAAAGAAGCGAUUAUAGUCUAUAAUCCGAUGCCUAAGAGAACGCAUCCAUACGAACAUCCAUAUGAGUUUUGUGUGUUGGUGUGUGUGAUGUGUGUGUGAUAUGAUGUGUGUGUCUGAAGCUUCCAUCUCUGAUGAUCUGAGCCAUCCGAGGUUCCGAAAUUUCAAUCAGUGCAAUAUAACUCUUGUAGAAAGUUCGAAGUUUCAUGAACAGUUAAUUCGUCAAAAUGCGGAAAUAUUUUCGUGAUUUGACAAAAAGGCAAUAAAAUCGCCUACUGCAAGCGUACAAGAGGGAACAGACAGCAAUGGCAUAUUCUCCGAAGAUUAUUGCAGCUAGCGAUCGUAUUAAUGUACAGUUGGUCUCCAAUUUUCACCAGUCUACUACUACUGCUGAUAACUUAGACGGUAAUGAUCAUGGAUUCAGUGAUGAUGUUUCAAUGUCCUAUGUCCAAGAAAAUUCUGAAAAUGAGCACAGAGGAAACUUUCCCAAAGAUAUGUACAAAAAUCAAGAGCUUUUGACCUGGUUAUAUUCAUGGAAAUUGAAACAUAACAUUUCACACGAUGCUAUGUCCGAACUCUUGAACCAAUUGCGCAUUUGUGGACAUGCCGAUCUACCGAAGGAUGCAAGAACGUUGUUAGGAACACCUACGUUUAAUCCUGUCGAGAUUUCUGCCACCGGAGGAGACAUGAAUGCUCACCAGAACACGUUCUGGUAUUGUAACUAUACCGAUAAAGUCGGCCCGAUUCUAUGUAACGAAAUUGACAGAAGCAACUUGAUAAUCUUAAACAAGGACGCUCCCACGCUUAUGCAACCGCCGAAUCUGGUCUUGGCCUCUCCAAAUCUGGCGCUGAUUGCUGACCCACAAACUAAUUCGGACUCACAGGGCAACCAUUUUCCAGUCUGUACUACGAUCGGAGGAAAUGUGAACGCGCAUCCCACGUUCUGGUAUUGUGAUUACACGAAUAAAGUCGGCCAGAUUAUAUGCAGCGAAAAUGACAGAAGUGACUUGGUAAUCUUAAACAAGGAUGCUCCCACACUUAUACAACCGCCGGAUCUGGUCUUGGCUUCUCCAAAUCUAGCGCCGAUCGCCGAUUCACAAACUGAUUCGAACCCACAGGCCAGCGACCAUUUUCCAGUUUGUAUUACGAUUGAAGAUGACGAUAACAUUCAAUCCAGAAAUUUGGACAAGUCCGAGCAGGUGGUGGCCGACAAGUCCGAGCAAGUAGUGGCCAACAAGUCCGAACAAGUGGUGGCCGACAAGUCCGAGCAGGUAAUGGCCGACAAGUCUAAGCAGAUGAUAACCGACAAGUCCGAGCAGGUGGUGGCCGAUAAGUCCGAGCAGAUGGUGGCCGACAAGUCCGAGCAAAUGAUGACCGAUAAGUCCGAGCAGAUGGUGGUCGACAAUUGCAAUUACGAUGAAGAUGCUCAAAGUAGCGCCUGGACUGAUAAAAUUCGUCUGAGGGAGCAUCUUAUCUCAGAAAUUCGAAAGAGGCCUCCUCUUUGGAAUUUCAAACUUCCACCUGAAAAGCGCAGAAUCGAAAAGAGAGAGAGACUAUGGGAAGAAGUUUCCAUAAAACUUAAUAAAGAAGGGUCAACCAAGAAGCUCAAGAAGAUGUGGAGAUCUCUCUGUGAUUCCUUCAGGGUACAUCAUUAUAGAAAGAAGAUGUUGCCGAGUAAAUCUACGAUCUGUAGUCCGUGGGUCCAUUAUGAGAGCAUGAAAUUUAUAUCAGAUGUUCAACUACAAAGCUUUACGAUAACGAACGCAGCGGAUACUAAAACUCUAACAACGGAUAGGACAGUGAACGAUGACAACAAUUCAACCGACAGAUGUGCCAAAAACAGAACUACGAAGAAUCGAAGACAAAGAUGCACGAAACGAGAUUAUACAUAAUCUAUUCAAAAUUUUCGACACUAAA